AAACGCUCCGUCGUGCAUGUAAGAGCGUUUGGGUUGGACACCGUGGGAUUUGUCUUCUUAUGCAACUACAAUACUGCAGGUUACGCUUUCCCAGCAUGAUAUACUCAUGGUCAUUAGGUCGGAAGGUUGGAUAUGGAAGCAAACAGCGAAUACCAUGGUCUUAGAAAGGGUUUAUAGUGACGUGAAUAGAUUGAACAUUUUAUUUCAUUCGUUUGAGCAGUAGGAUUAACGCGUGGGAAAUUAUACGCUUUUACGGAUACUGGUGCUAAAGGUAUAUGCACGCAAACAAAGAACACCAUGGGUUAACGUUUAGAAAGGGUUUAAUAGCAGUGAACACAUUGAGUAUCUCAUUUCAUUCAUUAGAGCAGUAGGAUUGGUCAACGCUUGGGAAAAUCAGCCUUCAUCUACUCUUAUAAGAUUUCUUUUCAAUACUACUGGUUGUUUUCAUUCAGUAUUUGACGAAGGACUUCUAACCACGACCAAGUCUACUUACGACGAUGGGUUCAAAAGAGUUCGACGAGAUUUUGGAAAAUAUUGGAGGAAUGGGGCGCUACCAGAUUGUUAUGUAUUUCCUAUUGGGCCUUGUGGGAUUCCCUAUAGGAAUGCAUUACAUGGUGUCAGUCUUUAUAGCUGCCGUGCCUCAACAUCACUGUGUUACUCCGUCAUUACAUAACAACUUCAGUCGCACAGAUAUCCUGAAUGCGUUUAUUCCAUAUGAGAAUAUUGAUGGCGAAAUUCAGAGGAGUAAAUGUAAGAUUGCAAAUUGGCCAUUGUUGUUGACCGCCACAGAGGGUAACAAUUCUAUAAAACAGUUAAUCAAAUAUACACGAGAAAGUAUCGAAAGAAAUGGCACAUAUGCCACAGUUGGAAAAAAUUCUAUCAACGGGUUAACCGCCGAAUAUACGCCAUCCAAUGAAUCUGGAAUUGGGCAGAUCUACUGUGAUUCCUGGGAGUAUGAUACGUCAGAAUACACGUCAACUAUAGUAUCGGAGUUCGAUCUCGUAUGUGGCAUGUCUUGGAGGAGAGCACUAGCGUCAUCUAUCUUCAUGUCCGGAUGCAUGGUUGGGGCAGUUAUCUUUGGAGGACUAUCAGACAGAUUUGGCCGAAAGCCCGUCCUUCUGGUGGCGAUAGUGCUAACGGUUAUCUGUGGAACUGGGGCAGCCUUCGCUCCUGAAUAUUGGAGUUUCGUUUUACUCAGGGCUGUGGUUGCAUCGGGGGCAGCUGGAUCCUCAAUUGUGGCGUUUGUCCUUAUUCUAGAGAUGAUGCCACCUAAAGGAAGGAUGAUACCAGGUAUAUUCUAUCACGCCUUUUUCUGUGGGGGCUACACACUGCUAUCACUCAUUGCAUUUGGAGUUAGGAAUCACGUCCACGUCCAGCUGAUUGUCUCGCUUCCUCCAUUAGCCCUGCUCAUAUAUUUUUGGUUAGCGGACGAGUCGCCCCGUUGGCUCCUAGCAGAGGGGCGGGUUGAUGAAGCCAACACAAUCCUUACCAAGGUUGCGAGGAUGAACAAGGCUGAGUACUCUGACAAACUGCUCAUUGAUUCUCAAAUCAAUAACGAGACUGGUGCUGAUAGUGUAAAUGGAACUAUUCUCGAUUUGUUCAGAACUCCGAAUUUGAGACUGACAACUCUAAACGUCUGCUUUAAUUGGUUUGUGAAUAGUAUGGUGUAUUAUGGUUUGUCGUUCGGUGUUGAGGCUCUUCCUGGCAGCAUUUACAUCAAUCUAUUCUUCUCAGGGCUGGUAGAAUUCCCCGGCUAUUUCUUUGCCAUCUUAACGAUGAACCGCAUAGGACGCAGGAAAAGUCUUGCCAUAAGUCUUGUAGUUGGUGGUUUAGCCUGCCUAGCUUGUUUUCCUGUUCCAAAACGUCUUGCAUUACUCAAGACAAUCUUAUCCCUCGUUGGCAAAUGCGCUAUCUCUAGUUCGUUCGCCAUCAUCUACGUGUUCAGUGUUGAACUGUUUCCUACUGUCGUUCGUAAUUCGGGUGUAGGAGCUGGAUCGAUGUGUGCCAGGAUUGGAGGAGUCGUUGCACCAUUUAUUGGCCAGGCGGCUUCUGCUUGGGCACCAUUGCCUUAUAUAGUUUUUGGUAGUUUCUCUAUCGUGGCUGGGUUGUUAAGUCUACUGCUUCCCGAGACGCUGGGUCGUGCACUCCCACAGACGUUAGAAGAUGGCGAGAAUUUUAAACGUAAACUUCGAAAAAACAAAUCCGUAUUAUUGUUAUAAUUUGGACUAACAUAGUAAUCGUUGCUAUGCAUGGAGGUAGCCAGCUUGAGGCAGGCGAGAAAACAAGCAUAUGUCGAAGACGUUGAUAUGAAUCCUGAAGAAAUGAAAGAACUUAACAGGACAUAGGACCUCGAGAGGACUGAGGAGAUGAUGCCAACGGCAAAUGAUGAUUUCGUCUAAGAUUAUUGUUCAUCAUAUUGAUGAAUUUACACCUCAGGACUGUUGGCCUCUUGUUCAUCAUAUUGAUGAGUUUACUCAAGACAUUUUUAUCUAAACAACUCUGCAAAUUGCUACGUUGAAGUACCUCCAGGCUGCUUAUUUUGCCGAUACUUUGCUUCAUUGUUUGCGAUUUUCUUUAAUUUCGGUUGAAUUAGAAUGACAUUUUGCUAUAUACAGUAUAUUUUUGAUUCUCAGGAACAAGAUGAUUGCGCUUAUAAUUGUAAACACACUAUGCACAAUGUGCAAAUUGAACAUAAUUCAAACAUGGCCCUUUCUGUAAGUUCAUGGUCAAAAUGCACUUUUGUAAACGCUCAGGUAUUAAUAUUCAUGUGUUAUGUAAUAUCAUGUAUGUAAUGAUCAAUUUAUGGUCGCAAUCAAUAAAGAAAUACAAUAAAGAAAUAUAUCCACAAAUGUCUACUUGAAAAUGAUUUUUAUAUGUACUAUAGAAUAAAACAUUGAAAACAAUUUCAAGGAAUCUUAAUUGAAAACAAUUUUAAGGAUAGAGAGAGGUAAAAUGUUGGUGGUCUUGAAAAAGAAUUGCAAUGUACAGAACAUGUUUUCAAUACAGUACUAGCUAUUUCAUUAUCUAAAAAACAGAUUUGAGAUGCAGGACUGGUCAAAUUCAUUACUUGAACAUAGAGAGCAAUAUUUCUAAGAAACGCACAUUCCACUACCUAGAAUAUAUAUGAAAAAUGACCAUUUUAAGAAGGAUUUUAGAUAUCCGAUACAGGGAUUUUAUUAGAUGGCCCAAUUAGAAUAGAAAAGAUCACCUUUUAUUUUUCAAAAUCUAAACAUAAAUUAAAUAAAGUAGCUGUAGGCAAGAAAAUUGACACGAUGUGGAAUACUUUAGAUGAGCAAAGGGAGCACGUAGGCUAUCGCAAACAAUUUCAGACGAUUCUAACUUCAAUUAUGAAUAUUUUCUGAUCAUGAAUGCGGGUUUAUCUAUUAGACCAAUUCAUUAUUUUCGAGAAAAGCAUAU